ACAGGGCUCAGUAAUCCUGGAUCAGAGAACACAAAGGGCCUCAGAGUGCUGGUGAUGUAAGCAGCAGUGUGUCCAGCGAGUGAGCGCGUUGCUUUACCCCAGCACUGUCCCCUAGAGCACUGCUGCAGGCUGUGUUUGGGGCGGAAAAACCUGGCCCUGUCUUGGCUGACCCCAUGACAGCUGACACAUAGUUGGUGCGAGAGCGAUAGCGAGACUAGCCCAAACCCUACCAUUCCUAUCUGAUCUGUCACAGACAGGGGACCGUCUCUGACCUGGGACCCAGUGGGAAAGUGAAAGUUGUUCGAAGCAGUGGAGAAGAAUGUGGUCCAGCUCCGUCUAGGAGGGGAGGAUCAGGAGCAGCUCGCUGCCGCGACCAGGGACUACUGAGACUGGUGCUUAUCUUACUACUGUCAACACAAGGUGCUGCCUAGCCUGGAGAGAGAGAGAGAAAGAGAGAGAGAGAAAGAGAGAGAGGGGGGAGAGAGAGAGGAGGAGAGAGAGUGAGGGACGCCACGUUGCCUCACAGGAGCAUCAUGGAUUUGCUGCAGGACUCUCGGUGGACCAUGCAGGGCCUCAACAGCCGUCUGAAGGGCUUCCUGGAGCAGAUAAACAAGCUGCAAGAGGCAAACUUGUGUCUGGAGGGCCAAAUUGCAGACUGGGGUCUGAGGAACGCUCCGCACCCCCAGGAAUGGACCCAGCAGGAAAGCACUGUGGACGACCUUCGUUCCCAGGUUGGUAAGCUGCUGAUGGAGAAUGCAGAGCUGGUGCUGCAGUCUGACCACAUGAUGUCCAGGGCUUCUACCAUCCAGGCCAGGUGUGAGGCGGAAGAGAGGCAGACCAAAUGUCUGGAGCAACAGGUGGCUCUGCUGAGGGAGAACCAGAUGAGGGUGGAGCAAACCAACGUGCAGCUGGAGGCGGAGCUACACCACUCCAUGACAGAGCUGCAGGACAUGCACCAGGACUAUGUGGCAGCCCGUGCUCUGCAGCAGCAGGAGGCCGACUCUCGUGAUGCGCUGCUAGUGACGGCCACAGCGUGGGAGGAGGAUGGCACAGGGAUGGAGCUCUCCCAGCUCCUCGACCGAAUCAGGACGCAGUGCGACCGCCUCAGCCUCACCGGCCUAAGUCGAGUCCCAGACGACCGACACCACGGCCUGGCCGCCGGCCCAAAUCAAGCUCCAUGCUCCGCUGCCGGGCCUAGCCGUUUUGGAGCCACACUCAGGCCCCGAGCCCAUGGAGGAUCUCUCCCACAGCUCAAUGCAGAAGAGGCAGCAUGGGCCCAGGUGAACCUCGGAGGGACUGCCCUCAGGGAGGCGCGGGCAGAGCUGGCCGAGGCCAGGAAACAGUGGCACUGCCUGCAGGUGGAGAUCGAGUCCCUACAUGCUCUGGAGAAAGGUCUGGAGAGUUCCCUCCACCACACCCAGUGUCAGUACUCCAGCCAGCUGCAGGGCCUGUCCCAGGUCAUCCAAGGUCUGGAGGGCGAACUGGAGCAGGUGAGGGGCGGCCUGGCCACGCAGCGAGAGCGCCACGGCCAGCUGCUCAAUACCAAGAUGAGGCUGGAGAAAGAGAUCGCCACCUACAGGCGCCUGCUGGAGCGCGAGGAGGGCAGGUACCCAGGUGGGCGUAACGGACAGGUCAUGGGGCUACGGCGCUGGAGGGGCCCCAUAAGAGAGCCAGGGCCCAUAGGGGAGGAGCCCAAGGAGAAUGGAGUGGAGGAGAAUGGCCUCAGUGACCCCGCAGUGACCCCUGAGGAGCCACUGUCCGAGCCCCUGCCUGAGAGACCCCAGCAGUGGUCUGUGACAGAGAACGGCCUGAGGAAGAGCCCUGCACUAACGCUGUAUAGGCAACAGAGCCUGGUCAUCCUUACAGAGCCAGAGAGAGACAACGAUCUGAGGAUUUCCACAGUGAAGACCCAGGAGAUCCUCCAAGGGAACGUGGUGAGGGAGAGUGCAGAGGGCACUGGCACCGUGGAGACGGACAGGAUUGACAAGGUGAUUAAGCAGUGGGAGGGCUCCUUCUUCAAGGGGAACCCCAAGCUGCGGAAGAAGUCGGUGUCGCUACGAUUCGACCUGCACAUGGCGGCGGCAGACGAAGGCUGCGCCCAGACCAAGCAGGACAGCCUGCCCGACGUGGAGGUCCGCCUGGUGAUGAAGAGGUCCCGCAGUAUCCCCACCAUCGCGGCAACAGUAUAGUCGAUGCAACAGUAUGACCAUCAUUGAUGGGUGAUAUCAUCAUUGAAUUGCCUCCCUCAUAAAUGUUGUGAUCUGGCAACAGCAUCCCUACCCUUGACAGUGAUAUCACCGUGAUAUCAGCAUUGCUUCCCAUUGACCUAGGCUGAAGACGGGAAGGUUAAGACAAUUAAGACAUUCCAUGCGGAAGCGUACAAAAUAUAAAACACAUUCAUGGGACCGACCAGGUCCAGUAAUAACUAUUAGCGCCAUUGCUAACUAGCAACACUGGUCCCAUGAAUUGCAAAGAGUUAUGAAAUAUUAUAAACUGGUGGUUCGAGCCCCGAAUGCAGAUUGGCUGACAGCUGUGGUAUAUCAGACCUUAUACCACAGGUAUGAUAACGUUUGUUUUUACCACUAUAAUUACAUUGGUAACCAGUUUAUAACAGCAACAAGGCACCUCAGGGUUUGUGGUAUAUGCCAAUAUACCACGGCUAAGGGCUGUGUCCAGGCACUCUUCGUUACGCAUAGGAACAGCCCUUAUCCGCUGUCUAUUGGCCAUAUACCACACCUCCUCUGGCCUUAUUGCUAAAUUACAGAAGAACACGUACAUGAGGGGUUAAUGUGUGUUUCAUUUGAUAUAUCAGCAUUUCUUAAUCAUGUGUAAAAGUAGAAAGUCAUAUUGCCUACUUGCGAUUUUGCCAUCCAAGGCAAAUGUGACAAAAUGCCAUGUUCAAGAGAUUUCCCCUGUGGUCAAUAAUAUAUGAUAGAGUAUAUAGUGGUCAUCACAUUUAACAUGUAUAAUCCAACCAUCCCUCGGUAACAACUGACACUUUAUACAGGUGGUGAAAAAUAUAAACAUGGGGAAAAAGCUGAGGCAUCACAGAGUUGUAUGUGGAAUUCUACUGUGGACUAUUUAAGGGUGGUUCUUUACUUCUCAAUUCGCUGUGUGUAAAAUGCGAAUGGUUUUGCUACGCAGUCAUGGAUCAACCCAGCAUUGACAGUUUGCCUAUGGCUGAAACCUGUACUUCGGGCUUUUUCCUUAUAAUGCUGUAAAUCAACUGUAGUCUAUAUAUUAUCUAUAUUAUGGACAACGUCCAAACAAAGCAACGAAGUUAGAAAUGUACAGUUAAAAAAAAAAGCUAUUUAUUUCCCCCACACUGCUCACUGUGACCCGAAAUUGUAGUGAGGCUUCUUCAUGGAGAGCAACCAUCCUGUAGGUUUUCGUUUCAACCCGAGUUGUGACUAACCUGAUUCAGUUUAUCAACCAGCUAAUUAUUAGAAUCAGGUGCGCUAGAUUAGGAUAUGAGCGAAAACCUACAGGACGGAAGGUCUCCAACGGUUGGAGACGGAGAGCCCUUUUCUAAUCUAACCCCGCCUCUUGUAUCGCAGAGAUAUACCCUGGUUUAGCCAGCAGGGGGCGGUAUUUGUAAAUAGUUGCUCUUCAGUAUCCUGAAUGCUUUAUUUUGGUAUUGUUGGGUCGUAUACAUAAUAUCUAUAUCACUGAUUACACUCUAUAAGACAGUAUCUUUAUUUUAUUUUUUUGCAACGUUUUUGAGUUGGCACCAAAUAUAUGACGCGAAGAUAAUACCAUUGUGCAUUGCAGUUGGGUCCCUCCUGUGUACAAAUGUUAAAAACAAUUAUAUUCUAUGCAGUUCUUCAUGCGCUUGAUUUGCUCUGCUUCACGGAGUACUUGGGACUAAAUCUUCUUUUCGUUUUUGGAGCUCUUUAACUUUAGAAUGAAGAAUUAUGCCUUUAUCUAACAAUGUAUUCAUUUAAAUAAAACACCAAAAACGCUGUA